AUGAAUAUUAUGCCCAAAACUUUGGCAAUCCAGCUGAAGCUACCUUCACGCAAAAUUAAUAUGAAUAUCAUGGGAAUUGGAGGAAACUCAAUGCCCAUUGUGGGGCUAGCGGAAGGUGUUCAUCUUUGUAUUGACGAGGAGGAACAAAAGGGUGCUAACUUCUUUACUGCUCAAGGAAAAGUAUACACAGUGUUGGGAAAGCCAUUCCUAGCCGAUCAUAAGAUUCCAGGAUGGGAAAUGGCCCUUUGCUUUAGCAUGACGAUCAAAAGUUAG